AUGGAAAUUCUUGAUGAGGGACCAAUAAUUGAGUAUCGCCCUCCUUUUUUGAAUGGGUUAGAACUUGACGCCUUUUUUAGAAAACAUCGAAUCGCAUUAGAAGUUCAAGGAGCUCAACAUCGGCUUUAUAAUACUGGCUGGUAUAAAGACGUUAAAAAGCUCGAAGACAUUGUUAAUCGCGAUCGUCUAAAAAGAUGCAUGUGUCAAGAUAACAGAAUUUUCCUACUCGAGGGUAUG